AUGAGUGGCUCAAGUUUUACCUUGCUGCUGCUUUUCUUCGCUGCCUUCCUCUCCGUCCCCUGUGAUACGAACCCCUGUGAAUCGAUCUCUUGGCCCAGUGUUCAGUGCACAGAACCUUCGGGCCCUCGAACGGAUGUUUGUCAGUUACGAGGGACCAGCGUUGCGUUCGAUGCUUUGAUGAGGGAGGAUCCAGGUACCUCGUCUCUUCCCGAGCCCGUGAACCCGGUGAUAGUAUGCUUUUUUGUCAGCACUGGCCCGAAACUGCAACUUAAGAGGUUGUACCGAGUGCUACUAGCUUCUUCCUUGACGUUCCUGCGAGAGCUUGCAGUGGGAGAGUUCGGUGCCGAAGUGUACAUGAAUGUUGCUCUUCAUUUCACACCACGUAUGAUGAUGAGGACGUCACGAAUUCAGUGGAUGGGGCGAAGGAUGUUGGAGCUCGUUCAAGAGCUGAAGCUCUUGUCACUCGCACAACUAUCAAGCACGUCAAGUCAGAUCCUGAGUUCAAAAGAUGAGAUACGCGAGGGGUGCUGGUACCUCCGACGGUCCUUGGCUCCGAUGACGCAGGCGGGUUCAUCGAUCUUCGAGUACAAAGUGGAGGGGACGGGGGCAGUCAACCUGCCGCAGCUCUCGCGAGAGGAUCUCUACCUGAGGGUCGAGGCAGGAGGUCAAAGUCAGCAUGUGACGUCGCUGCCCCUAGAGGGGCUGGACGUUUCCUUCACGCAAGGGUCUCACGUCAUGCUCUCCUUCCAGCCGUCGCAAGGCUUCGACGCUGCCGUCAUCUUCUUGAGCUUGACGUGUCUAGACGGUGCUAGCCCAACGGUGAAGGUGUGGAGCAACAUCAACGAGAGAGCGACAGAGGCGAACGCGAGGUAUCAGGAGACCAUCUCCAAUCAGUCCUCCAACGGGCUGCAGACCUCCUCUACCUUGAUGCUGCAUCGCCUGGGACACUCACUCGCAACGUGGACGCUGAUAAGCGACGCGAACGCUACCUGCCGCGUACUCCCUGUCUCCGCCUGCUCGAAUCCUGUGUCCCUCGACAAAACUUUCAACUUCCAGCUGAGCUCCCGAGUCCAGCUCUUCUCCUUCAAGCCGCAGAGCGGGCUUGCAGGCCAGGCUUUCGUCCAGCUGAUGCCGAGCACGUCUGACAUCAGCUCAGUGCGGACGUACAGCUCGUGGCAGAGUCUGUCGGCUGCAGUGCAGAUCGCGAGCUACUCUACCAUCAACAAGCAGACCCGAAUUUGGCCGCUCUCCAAGUGGGGAUACACUGCGGAUGGAGUAGCAGGGCUACAAGUAGAGGUUGACGCCUGGGACCCGGACACUUCAGUGUAUGUGGAGGUGAGAAUGAUUGGAGACUCGGUUCCCAACGACAAGUUUUCUAUGGUGAUCUAUCAUCUCGGCUCGGUUUUCGAGCUCUGGAAGUGGUGGUUCGGAGGAACCGCUUUUGCCAUCUUCGUCUUUUGUUUCUUUCGCUGUAUGUUCUGCAAGUGGAUCCACGGAAGGAUGCAAGGGAGUCUCCUCAACCGCGAGCAGGGCGUGCAAGCCAUCGGAUCUCACAGAGUCAUAAGGUCAGGAGAAGAGAUAACGACCUCCAAGGCGCCUCCUACCCGCAUGCUGAGGGUGUCCAACGUCUUGUACAGGAGGCUAGAAGGCGAGGACGAUGCCUUUUCUCGCAUCUUCUGA